AUGUUCCACUUAUACGGCACACAUCAGCUGGUCUCGAAGCUGGUGAAAGAGAGUCCUGAGAAAGCCGUUGAUAUCCUCACUAGAUGUUGCGCAGAUAGUAAGGUCCUCGAAGAGAUCAACGCAUAUCUCUUGCAGCCAAAACCAACUCAGCGCGAGGUUCCUGCUCUCCUACCAGGCGGACUCGACAUAACAUUUGGUUCACCUGCUUCGCCGUCUGUAGAUAGCUCGCGUCAUGCUGGAUCCCCUCUGCCUCGUCAAAGGCUGGCUCGCCGCCCUUCCUCAAAUUCAACAACAUAUCCCCUCAGUCCACCUAGGUCAGCGUCAUCAGUAACCUCCCAUUCCACCAGAAAUGAGAUCUCCACGGGGGAGUAUAUACUACUUCUUCUCUUCGGAGGAACUGAGGUUGAGGAGCACCUGGUCCGUAUGAGACUUGCGCAGACGAGAUACAGUGUGAUACGUGGAGACGUCGUCCAAAAACGCGGUCUUGAUACCAUGUGCACAUUAGUUCAACCAGACUUUAACGAAGUAUAUGUGCCUAGUCGCACAGCCGUGGGAUUCGACCUAGUACCAACCUCUUGCUCAAUAGAGCUGACCUGGCGCCGACCACGGUCCGACUCUACGCACAACACCAUAUUCUAUGUAGUGCCACAAGAAGCACUUGACACGGACCUUCUCCUUGGUUGCGAGGACUCUGGUGAAGGCAUUCCAGACUAUCAGCCUACCAUUGUUCCUGAAUCGCAAGCUCGACAGAAUCCACUUCAUCAAGAAUACAGGCAGGACAUGCGUCCUCCAGCACCAACACCACCUUCCGUAUCGUUUCACCGUUCAGCAAUGACUCACGGCGGAUCCGCUCGCGCAAGCCCCGUUCAUCCUCAAAACGAGCAAUACCAUCCACAUCAUUUGGUAGAGCCCUUGAUCUCUCGGCAGCGGACAUAUGGAACAGCAGUACAAAGUCAACAGCCUUCACCAGCCCCUACGGUUCUGGGCUCGCACAUUGAGCACCCACAGCCUCUUCGACCAAACAUCGCUGCAGCAAGCCCUGUCCAAGACGCCGAUCCCAACAAAAACGCUGGUAGAAUCAGAUUGAGUAUCUCAUGGGACGUGACCACUUUCAACGUAUGGCUGGAUUUGAACGCACAUUGCGAUGCUUUCUACAAAGCCUUCCAACAGCAGGCCGCAAAGCAGCGCAAGAGCAUACUCGACCGAGCUACCAUCACAAUACAACUGAAGAAUGAUAAGAACAUGCCAAAUGAGGAAGCCUGCCCCCUCUCACUUGCCGAAGAUGACUUGGAAGCAGAUUGGGAGAUGACCACUGAAUGGUUGGAGGCAAAUAGGAGAGACAAAUCGCCUCAUAUCUAUGGCGUGGUAGAGAUGGAAGAAAGGUGA